UCUAUCCUUUACUCCUACUCGAGCUCCUACGCUGCCCGGGCACUGGCCGUCGGGCAUAUAUAGGCACUCUCGCUCGACCUUUGACAGUGCCACACACCCCAUCGCAAGCUCUGGCUAGCCAGGCGAAUUAUCAUGGCGAUGCUCUAGGGGACGUCGAAUCCGAGAUUCACGAGUUGCUGUCGCCACAGCUGUGUUGCUAACAUCCGAGAGAGAGGGAGAGGGGGAGAGAGAAAAGAGACUUUUUAAAAAGAAGAGAUAAAUUGUUUUAAGUUGUCAGUGUCAAGAGAAAAGUGCCAAGAUGAGGACGACUUACGUGGGGACUUUGUUCAUGGCUCUCCUGGCAACAUCGAGUCUGGGUGCGGACCACGACGUCAUGCAAGUUCAGUCUCCUUUCGUCGUGAAGCACCCUCUGGGACCAUCUAUGGAAGUUCUUCGACGUCAGCCAUUGGGCGCUUCCACUUCUUUCCGGGAGUCAAGAAAAAGAAAUGCUAACUUCCCAGCAUAUGGGAGAGAUUGCUUCUCCUGUAGCACUGGCACCUAUGGCUCCUCUGACUGGAGCAGCAGUGGUAGCAGCAGCAGCAGCCACAGCAGUGGGGGUUCUUUUGCGCCUGGAGCUGUUGGAUACCCGACCUAUGGGGCUCCUCAUUCAACAUCGUCUCGCCAGGAAUUUAGAAGCGAGCAGAAAUUUGUCAAUGGUCAACCAAUCUAUGAACUGCACCAUGAGCGUAAAUUUCAAGAUGGCCAACUCGUCCACGAGGAAAAAAGAGAAAAAGAUGAAGAUGAUUUUGGUGUAGUCCAGACACCUGGGAUGAUCUCUGGGGGACAAGCCUCUGGUAUUACUUAUGACUGGGGUGUUCAGCCAGGUAUUUCAAGGAGGGCUGAGGAAGUUAGACAAGAAAACCGUACUUAUGGGUCCCAAGGUUAUGGAAGUGGUUACAGUACUGGAAGUCUUGGGUCAGAUGGCUUUUCUAGUAGUUUUGAUGCUGAAGUUGCUAGACUGCGAGAGGAUUUGCACAGGCAAGUGGGCACUUAUGGAUCUCAACCACUUCUCCCUACAAGUGGUAGCAGCCAUCGCUCAGAAUUUCACACACAGACUCGUUAUAUUAAUGGGAAACCAGUGUAUGUAAAAAAGGAAGAAAGGAAGUAUGCAGAUGGAAGACUGGUACAUAACAGCACAGAAGAAAAGGAUGCUGAUGAACUUGGUACCUCAGAUCUUCAGCAUCAGUACGACUCUACGGGUGCUCUCUCUGGAGUGCCUGUGGGUGGAUAUCAUGAGAGAAGGCAUCAUUACCAAGAAAGCUACAGUGGUGGUAACCCUUGGUAUCCUGCUUCAUCUCCAUAUUAUGGAAGUGGUCAGAGGUCAAGCUGGGAUUCAUCUGACACACAAUAUGGAUCAUCAAGUGAAUCAACUCAUUCUCGCUACAGACCAAGCUAUGGAAGUUCAGCCCGGACAGACCACGAGGAACACUCAGCAGACUCCCAUUACUCAAGGGACAGUGGUGCAUCUUUCCCCCAAAGACCUGCUACACCUGAUUCUAGAGAUCAUUCUUCUACUUAUCCUGCAUACAGACCAUAUGCAAGCACUUCUACUUACUCCAAACAAGACUCUCAUGAAAGUAGGGCAUCUUCACCUUACCGACCAUCUCAUGACUCUUCUGUACAGUAUAGACAGGAUUCAGAUGGUUUUUCAUCUUUUUAUCCAGCUGGCACUUCAACUUCAGGCUCAUCUCACCGAGUACAAGACUCAUCGGGCAGAACUCCUACCUACUCAUCUCCUUAUACACCAGGUCAUGGAACCUCAUAUGGUACCUAUGAUGGGGAAACUCAUGAAAGUGCAUCAUCAUCCUACCCUUCACAUAGACCAGCGAGUGGUAGUUCUACCCGAACACAUUCUGAGGCAAACUAUCAUACUUCCUCUUCCUAUCAGGGUCAUAGGCCAUCUGCAGGGGAAUCAGUAACACAAAUCUCAGGAGAUUCUUACAGGUCACCAUCCUACAGACCAUCACCUGCUAGCCAUCCAUCCUCUCAUCCAUCCUACACAUCAUAUGAAGACAGGUCAUCAGGAUCAAGAGGUUAUUCGGAGGAGAGACACUCAUCAUCUUCACAUUCUGCUGGCAGAUCUUAUACAGGUGGUCAAAGUGAGUCCUCUUCUGAGGAUUUGGAAGAAAGACACCUGUUGCAAAGUGCUGUUGACUCAUCUUCUGAACGAGAUGAUACGUAUACUGGACAUGUGGACACGAACACAAUAGGUAGAGAAUCCUCUAGAGAUUAUGAUCAACCAUCUAGACCAGGAACAUCUGAUCAUUCAUACAGUCAAAGAGGUCACUCUGAAACCCAAUAUACUAGUCAUGCUGAUAGAGAUUCAUCAGUACCAAGAACUGGGGGGGGAGCUCGAACAGUUACAAUAGAUCUUUCUUCAUCCCCCCAGUCUGGCGCCCCCUCAGGUGGACAUACCCGUUAUAGUCAAGACUCUCGAGUACACAGUACAGAGGAGCAUUCUUCUGCUUAUGGACGAGGAGGAUAUGCACCUCAACAUGAAGAUCAUGUUUCUUCUCACUCUAGAGCGCAACAUGCCAGCAGAGAUACUUCAUCCAGUACUGGACAUAGACCAGUAGGCAUUCCUGGAGUUAUCAGUGGGCCAUACUCAAGUCAUGGAGAAGGAGAUUAUUAUGACAAAGAGCGUUAUGAUAUAAGCCCCUUAGAUGAUGAAUCGCCUCAAAUACCUCUUGUAGAAAAUGAAAUAGAAACUUCUUACCCUGUACCACAACCAGCUGAUGAUGGAACUGAUAGCAGUGACCUCCAUGAAGAUUAUUCAGGUGACUCAGUUGGUCAAGAUCUUGAUGAACCUAAAGAUUCUGGUUCCCCCUACUCUGGUGAUGGUAGUGGUGACUCUGCUGCAAGGAGCUCAGAUAGAGCUUCCGGGUAUUCCCAUUCAUCAUAUCUUUACAACAGAACUCACACCAUCUAUGGAACCCCUGUUUCUCAGCCUGCGUCUCCCAUCGAUCACACUCGUCGUGAUUAUUCCCGUACUUCCACAGUUGAUGAUUCACGCAGAGUCUAUCCUGCAACCUCAGGAUCUCAUCAUUAUCGAUACAAUGAAACCAGGAGACAUUCUACGUUAAUUGGUGGACAACAACCUGCAGUUACUUCAGGCUCAUCACUGACAUCAGAUUGCACACAAAUUAGUGGUUGUGUUGCUGGUUCCUCUCAGACUUCAUCCAGACGCUCAGAAAUCCGCACCAGCAAAAGGUACAUUAAUGGCCAAUUGGUUGGCAUUACUCAUUAUGAGCGCAUUUAUGAAAAUGGGAAUCUAGUUCAUGAAAAUGUUACAGAACAAGGUGUCGAUGAACUAACCCCAGCAGAACUUCAGAAAUAUGGAAUACACCAAUUAAGCCUUGCACAAGGCAGCUAUGAACCUGAAAGCUAUUCACAGCGCCAUGAGGUGAGACAAGAGAAAAAGUUUGUGAAUGGGCAGCAGAUAUAUGAUUUACAUCAUGAAAGGCGAUUUGAAGAUGGCCAACUUGUCCAUGAAAACAGAACUGAGAAAGAUGAAGAUGAUCUUGGGGUGUCAGCUGAGGGUGGGGCUCAGCUUGGUGUCGGGUAUGCCGGAGGUUAUUCAGAAACUGCAAAUCGACAUGAAGUCAGGCAAUCACAGCAUAUGCAACAACAUGUCACUUCAGAAAGCAGGCCAGGAAGUGUCGGGCAAUCAUCCGAAACACGACGUGUGGCUGAUACUUCAAGAGUUGUCACUAAACCUGUGUACACGACUCGUCGCCAAGAAACUCGACGACAACAGGAAUACAUCAAUGGCCAACCUGUUUAUGAUCUUCAUCAUGAACGCCGUUACCAGGAUGGUUCUCUGGUCUAUGAAAACAGGACUGAACUGGAUGAGAAAGAAUCAAGAGGAUCAACAGGCUAUCAUGAUGCUCUACACGACAUGAUGUCUGGAAGUAGCCUAAGGACAGUAUCAGAGUCAUCUCAUGGCAAAUCAUCAGGAGCUUCUGCAAGUGGAUCGUACGAUUCCCACUAUGGUGGAUCGUAUGGAGGACCAUCAUCAUCUUCACCAUCUUCCUCCUCAUCACACGUUGGUGGGUCUUACGAAGGUUCUUCAUCUUCAGUUGUUCAAGAAAGUUCUAGAACUCAUGAAAGCUCUGGUUCUGCUCUUGGUUCAUCAUUACUUACUGGAGGUUCAUCUUUGAGUCACUCAGGAGGAGCUACAACUACUAUCUUUGGUACUUCCCCUCUUAGAGGAUCUGGUUCUUCUGUGGGUUCUACAUUGCUUACUGGAGGUUCAUCAUCUAGCGAGGCUACUACUACAGUUUUUGGUACAUCCUCCCAUGAGAGUUCUGGUUCGUCUCUUGGUUCCACAUUGCAUACUGGAGGCUCUGCUUCUGGUCAUUCUGGAAGAGCUGCAACUACAGUCAUUGGUUCUUCCACCCAUGAAAGCUCUGGUUCUUCUGUAAGUUCCUCACUGCUUGCUGGGGGUUCUGCUUCUGGCCAUUCUGGAAGAGCUACAACAACAGUCUUUGGUGCUUCGCCAAGUCUUGAUUCUUCAAGCAGGGAGUCCUCUUCUAGACACUAUGAGGCAUCACAGAGAUCUUCCACAGGCAACUCAGGAUGCCUCACUUGCGUCCUUAUGGGAGGUGGUUCAGGAUAUUCAAGUCAUGGAUCCUCAUCAUCUCACUCAGCCUCUCAAGAUUAUUCAUCUGGGUAUUCAUCUUCUUAUGGUGGAGAUGGAGCCAGUGAUGGAUAUAGUCAAAGAAGGGAAAUGAAUCGUGAAGAGUAUUAUGAAGAUGGUCAGUUAGUUCGUGGACGAGCAGAAGACAGAAGUUUCCGAGAUGGACAACUGAUCCAAGAGAACAGGCGUGUAUAUUCAGGGAUUCCAGGACAAAUCACAGGUGCCGAAGCUCUACAGUCUGCUCGCACAUCCUAUGUGAGCGCAUCUUCUGCAUCCUCUUCGUCAUCUCAUGAGGAUGCCACAGGGUACGGAGCCAGAGUAACCGUUAAAGGAGACACCACAGGGGUAUGUGACCCUAAUCCAUGUGUGAACGGAAGCACUUGCAUCGCAGGACUAAGAGGACCGCUCUGUGUCUGUCCCUUCGGAUUCAAAGGGACGCGAUGCGAAGAAGCUUACUGUCCCAAAAGAUUCUGUAGGUACGGGGGUAACUGCAAUGUUGUGGGCGGAAAACACGAAUGUGCUUGCAAGAGUGGUUAUUCUGGGGCGAGAUGCUUGACAAGAAGAAGCCCUGAAGCUUGAAAGAUUUACGGAAGAAGAAGAAGAAGUAGCUCUACAAUGCUCCAUGAAAGUGUUUUAAAAUGACUCUUUGCCUUUAAC